AUGAGCAGUGAAAAAACUGCCUUAUAUGACAAAGCUUAUCCAGAACUCCAAACCUUUUGCCAGAGUCUAGGCUAUGUCUUUGAGGUUGUGGAUAUGGAAUGGGGAGUCCUGGACACUAUCUCAACUGACCACAUGACCACAGAAUUGUGCCUCAGGGAGAUUGAGGUUUGCAAGCAACUGUCAGCUGGUCCAAGUUUCAUUGCUCUGCUCGGGAACAGGUAUGGUCAUCGUUCUAUACCUCGUGUCAUCCCAGAAAAAACAUUUGAGAUGCUCUUGUCCAAAGUAUCAAGGGAUCAAGAAGGGCUGAAACUUCUAAACCAAUGGUUCUUCAAAGAUAACAAUGCCCUCCCACCCGAAUAUGUACUUCAGCCAAUAACAAACAAUUUAACACACUACAAAGACCUUCGACCUGAGAGUAAGCAGCAGCGGGAAAAAGAUAUAUCUUCCUGGCGCCACAUAGAGAGCCAACUAUUGCAACUCCUACGCACUGCUGCCAUACAGGCUGAGAAAGAUGGGGAUAUCAUGACUGAGCAGAAACAUCAGUUCUUCAGAUCGGAAACAGAAACUGAGAUUGAAGAGGGUCUGAGAGGGCAGGACAGUAGCACUUCAGCCAUUAUCUUUGUGCGGGAGCUCCCUAGUAAGCACACUAAGGAAAUGAGGCCCAAACAUCUGUCCCAAUAUUUAGACGUGACCCCAGAUGGUCUAUUGGACACAGAAGCCCAGGACCUUCUUGCAGUCCUCAAGUCUCGCCUCUACGCUUCUUUGACAGGCAUCAUCAACUUGCACUGUGUGGAGCUGAACAAGGGUGCCAUUGACUCUAAACAUAAGGAGCAUGCCCUUUACCUCGACAGCAUGUGUGAGCAGUUUGUCUGCCAAAUCAAGAAAAGUGUCUCAAGUGAGACCUGGUCUUCAGGGGGUCUGGGAUUGGAGGGGAAGAGGGUUAAUGGGGAGAGGAGCAGGGGAAAAGUUGAGGAAAACUGGACCUGGGUGAUUGAGGACAUUUAUUGUCAUACAGCAUUGUGCAAUGCUAUGUGUGCUAGGUUCUGUGGCAGGGAGGGGCUUCUGGGUAAGAUGUGCCUGGCCAUGUGGGAAUCAAGCAACACAUACCACGGACCAUUUGUUGUUCAUGGAGAUGUAGGGGUGGGCAAGACAGCAUUUCUUUGUAAGUUAGUGCAGGAGAUGCGCAACGUCUUGGACCCCGGGGCUGUUGUGGUAUUCAGGUUGAUAGGCAUGGGGCAUCCACCCAGACCAGAUGUGGAUUAUGUCCUCCAUAGCAUCUGUAUCCAGAUUUGCACAGCCUUCAGUUUGCCACAGCCAAAACCACAAAUUGCCGAUAUACAUCAGGAGCUGGUACUAUUCUUCCACUUUCUUUUAGACAAGGUUUCCCAACAAGGCAACACGUUGCUUCUCAUACUUGACUCCCUGGACCAACUGUCUGAGGUCAACCAUGCUCACAAACUGUAUUGGUUACCCAAAGACAUCCCACCCCAUGUUCAUUUGGUGGUCUCCACUACAAAUCAAAAUUCCCUUGAUCUUCUCAAAAUGAAUGAGGCAAUUUUCUUUGAGGUAGAGCCACUGUUAUUUACUGAAGCUGAAGAGAUCAUGGACACCUACAUGAGAGCUUUGCAACGAACCCUCACCCCAGAACAGAGAGAGGCAGUACUUUGUAGCUUUGAAAAGUGUGGUAGACCCCUGCAGCUGAUGCUGAUACUUGAGGUUGCUAAACAAUGGCCAUCCUAUAAGCCUUUGACAGAGCAAAAUCUGUAUAGUAACCCACAGGAAGUGAUGUCACAUGUGUUUCUUGGUCUGGAGGAGAGGCAUGGAAAGCAACUUGUUGGUGCUACCUUAGGAUACAUAAUUUCAGCGAGGAAUGGAUUGUCAGAGGCAGAACUUCAGGACAUCCUGUCACUUGAUGACAAUGUCCUAGAUGAACUCUAUCAGCACUUUCUCCCACUUAACAACAAAGUCAUCCGCCUGCCUUUUCUACUAUGGGCUCGUCUCAGACAUGACCUAGGAGACCUAAUAGUGGAGAGACAGGCCCAUGGUAUGAAGAUACUCAGAUUCCAGCACAGGCAAGUAACUGAGAUGGUGCGGGAAAGGUACCUGAGUGCAGAACUGCAACUUCAAAGACACAAGAUCUUGGCAGAGAACUUUCUGGGUCACUGGAGCCAAGGCAAACUCAAACCUCUCAUGCUGUCAUCUACUAAGGUGCCAGUGGUUUCUGACCGAAAGGUUUCCCCACAGCCGUUGUGGUUGGCUAAAGGAGUGGCUAACAUCAGAAAACUGCAAGAACUACCCUACCAUCUUAUUCAUGCAGGCCUCUGGGACGAGCUGCGCCAGGAAGUCAUUGGCAGUACUGAGUGGCUGUACUGUAAAACCCUGGCCUGUGGAGUGACCAGUGUCAUUCAAGACCUGUCCCUCUGCAGUGACCUCAUGAACUGUACAGAGACCGAGCUGAUCCGAGACACACUCAUCCUGAUGAAGCCGACCUUGGACUUUUUGGAUGGACACAUUGACCCUUCCCUUUUUUAUAUUGAGCUGAAUGCCAGGCUCCACUCAUUAACUGAGUUGCACCCAUCGCUAAUUGGACGGCUCUGCUCCCAGUGUCAAGCCUGGCUAACAACAUGUCCAGACCCCACCCUGGCUCCACAGUGCAGUUUUUUCCAGUCUCCAGGAGGGCCACUAAAGGCAACACUUGCUGGUUUCCAAAGAGGGGUCACCGCUCUUGAUAUUUGUCUUGAGACUGGUGUAUUGGUGGCAGGCUCAGAAGAUGGGAAGAUGAUCAUCUGGGACCUGAAUGAGCUUGAAGUCAUACAAACUCUAGUCAGCCACACAGCUGCAAUUUUGUGUGUCAAAUUAAUUAAAAAAGGCACUCAGUGUGUAUCGCUGGCUUCUGAUGGGACACUGGGGAGGUGGAGCGUGUUGAGCGGCAGGCAGAUUUUUUGUGUCAAAGAAGCUGCACCCAAUAAGCCUUUGCCUACAAUUCCACACAUCCUUCUGUCCGAGGAGAAGGAACUUGUUUUUGUACAAACAAGAGACCAAAUGAAAGCAUGGCACCUAGAUUCAGGAGAGCCUGCCUUUAAUGUUAUAAAUCCAAAGUCAGUCAUUCUUGGUGUUUUAAAUGGAACAGUUGUGUCCCUAUCAGACGAAGGACUUGUCACAUUUAUUUGCCCAUCUACUGGAACGAAGAUGGUGGAAACUAAUUUAGGAUAUUCUGCACCAAGUAUAAACCUGAACUGUACCCUUACAAUGCCACAAUGUGACCGACUUCUUAUAGUAUCUAAAGACGGCUUUCUCUAUCAGGUUUCCAGCACUGGGAGACAGUCUGUCACAGAGUUUAGCGUCAAUGUCUCCUUUCUCUCCCUUGCUGAGGAUGAGAGGACACUAUUUGCAGGUUGUGAUAAAACAUUGAACAUGUUCAACAUAGAGAUGGACUCCAUAGAGAAGUUCUUUGGUUUGCAACAUGAGGACACAGUACUGUGUGCUCAAUCGUCCAGGAAUAGCAGAGUGGUACUCACUGGCUCAGAAGACCAGAUCAUACGUGUUUGGUCUAUAACAACCGGCAUCCUUCUGGACUCCUUGCAUGGCAUGGAAGGUCCUAUCAAUACACUUAUAUUGUUUGAGGGCACAGCUAUCUCAGCCUCAAAUGGUACUGACUAUCUCAGGCUAUGGCAGCUACAGUACAACAGGAAACACAAACCCAGAGCUUGCAUUCCUGCAGGAUGCCCUCACCUCACCCUCACUAAAGACGGUGACACAGUGUUUUACGUCAAAAGUAAAGGACAGAAAGAGGUUUUGGCAUGGAACUGCCACACAGGUUCCCUUACUGACACCAUGGCUACCUCUGCUGAAGUAUGCUGCCUGGAGCUGGCCCAGGACAAACGCCUGCUCUUCUGUGGCCUCAACACAGGCACCAUCCUUAUCUAUCCAUUAGCUUUCCCACACGAAACUCUGUGCAUUCCUCCUCUUGAGACCGUCCCCAGAGUGUGCUGCUUGGCUGUCAGCUCCCAAGAGAAACACCUUGCUGUAGCUUAUGAUGACUCUGUGUGUUUGUUUGAGAUCACAGACAGGGACAGCUUCCCUAGUGUGGAGGGACCCUUUGAAAGAUUCCCCCUAUCUCUCCUCCUUCUCUCCUUCUCUGUGUCCGCCAUGACACUUUUGCCAGACAAAAGGCUUCUCUACGGCACAGACAGUGGGGAGGUGACAAUCUAUGACUUCAAGAGUGCCACAGCCAUGUCCCUUGACGGUCACCAUGGCAGGGUGACCUGUAUCACGGCCAGCAACUGGGGGACACAUGCUCUGGUGGGGUCAGAGGAUGCGGUGCAGAGGCUAUGGGGGUUGAACCCCGUGGUGUUGGAUCACACAAUGGAAUACAAGGGGUUCUUCUUUGAAGGGGUUCUCUGUGCUACUUUCUCUAAGUGUGAUCAGUACGUCUUUACAGGAACACAAGAUCGAACCAUCAAUAUUUGGGAUGUGGCAUCUGGAAAUCUUUUAUAUGUCCAGUACGUUUAUGCUCCCAUCAUCAAAUUGUUGUCGCAUAGAAGUGGCUUCGUAGCAAUAUCCCAGCUCGGCGACAUUAUCAAAGCAGGUUUCCACUGUCCUUAUAAAAUCCGUCCAGAAUACAAUCCACUCCGGAACAUCAAGGCCCAGUACAGAGUCACUUCUCGGGAGAAGAAUCUGGAAAACAGAGACAUUGUCAUCUCAAAAGUCCCUGGUUACAAUCCAGCCCAAUUUGACUUCAUGGGAAUGCUUAAAUCUAAAACCUCAAGCACAUGCCAGUUGCUAUGAGGUGUUGGUUGUAAUUUGAAUUUCCAGAUUGUAACACCACUGGUAAUGUAUAAAAUGGCAUGUAUAAAACUAUGGUUAUGUUCUCAUUUGGUUCUGGGAUUUGCAGCUUUUAUCCUAAUUUAGCCAGUGUUAGCUGGUUGUUUAUUGGUCAGAUAGUUCAUUGGUUAGAUUGUCUGGACUUGUGUCUUGGUUAUGGGUUAGAUAUUUAGU